CCACCACCAGUCACACCGCGACCACCACAGCUGCAAAGUUGUCGCUUUUGGUGAUGGUGCUUGGAUGGUUAUGAAAGGUACGCCGUGGGUUGUGACAAGGCUGCUGCUGCUGCUGCUGCUGCAAGGCUGUUUACAUGCCACCUCACAGUGCGACGUGUUUACUGCAGCGGCAAAGUCGCUUUCGUGAUGUCCAGAGCAUGAGCAUGGGGGCGCUAAGAAUGCAAACAGUGAUCACGUGGCGGAGGCCCAUGGAGACCAGCCUUUACGCGCCAUCAGGGAACCCGUGCACCUAUCUCCUUGGCAACGCACUGUGCUACAUCAUCUCCGGCAUGAUGCUUCUGGUAGUCGGCGUCAUCAUCACCUCUCUUACAUUUCAGAACCUGGAGGCCUACAAGGACGAGAACAAGGAGCGGUACGCGGGUCCGGUGCUGAUUGGUGCCGGGGUGCUGGUGCUGGCGCGGGGUGCAUUCAGCAGACUGCGCCCCCAACGAGCCCCCUCCGGGCGCCGCCGCUCCUUCCUGCAGAGAUACGUGCGCGAGGUGUACAACCGUCCAAUACUUGCCUUUAGGAACAGCGCAUCCCUGAGUCUGUGUGAUAUCCACAUUUCUGGACUUCAAGACAGCAAUUCCAGAAGCCGGCUGUACAGCGAUGAGCCGCCAUCUUAUGACCAGGUGACAAGCGACAGCCAGGUCUGUGGUCCUUCCCCUCUCCAGGACACCCCGACUCCUACAGGCGUCAGCAGCGCCACCACGCUGCACAGAUGUGCUGAAGGUACGGAUAACAUCGAGUACGUCAACGACGAGGACGAUGUUUUCUACAUCCGUGAAGGCGACGACGACCUUCAGCCGCCACCACACUAUGAGGACUUCAUGAGGGCGUCUGAAUGUAUACGGACCACACGCUUGUAGAGGAGACGGGUCGAAUCCCUCUCGUCUCGUCUCUAUAGUUACAUGAACCUCUUGCUGAAACCGGCCUUCGUGUGUUCUCUUCCUGUAUGAUCGGAUCGUCGUCUGCACACGUUUGUCAAAUUUCAGUUGUAUGUGGUGACCUGUGGCCGUCUCACAAAGAUGUUCUCACUUUCACCAUGUGUUCUCAGCAGAACACGUGACUACCAGUCUCUGCUCGAAGUGUUCUAACUUGCAUGACAACAUAAAAUAUAUUGUUGAACAAGAUGAAGAUUGUACAUUGUUUUGUACUGUAUAACAGCAUGUACAAUUUUUUCAGCUGCACGCCAUGUAGAUCCUAGCUUCCACCUGUAAAGACGGCCACCAUCCUACGUCCAGGCAUUGGUUACCAAUAUUUGCAAGACUAUAAUUAAUGGCCCCACUCAUGAGUGAACAAAGUACAGAUUCCACUUCGUACCUGCUGACGGCUUAACGACACAAAGAUUCCACAUCAUCUGUUGAGGCUUGAAGUCAUGUGGAUCAACAGGCAGUUUCCAAUGAAGGAUAUCGUGACUUUACUAUGGAGAGCGUGCCGGAAGGUCGUGGCGCGCAUGCGUGUAGCCACAUCAUCACAAACAACAGCAAUGAGGACCCGACUGUCAGCUCACCUGCCUGCAGGUGUGUAAGUGUAUCCUUGGCGCCUUAUAGACCUGCCUUACAGCCAUCACCACAAGUCUGUGAAACACUCCGGCAACAACAGCAGUUAUCAGUCAGUCCAAGUGUACGGUUGUAUAUCAUCAAAAUAUCCCCGAAUACUUUGACAGAGGCACCUCCAUAAGCAGCAGUAAAUAUCAGAGGUCAGAGGUCGUCCUGUGAUGUGUUUUCAGCACGUGGCGAAACGCUCGUCUAAGACAGUACUUCAACAAUGCGCGGAUCACAAAUGGCAGCAACGAUGCAAAACGACUCGCCUUGGGCGUUAGGAAUGCGUUGAACCGUGCCAUGAGAGAGAGAGAGUGUGUGUGAGAGAGAGAGAGAGCGUGUGUGAGUCUGAGUGUGAGUGUGUGUAUGAGAGAGAGAGAGAG